AUGCAAGGAAAAUUAUUAAACUGGUACUCGUUCAUAUUUCGUAAGCAAUCGCUGACAGCAUUACUAAUGUUUCCAAGAAUUCCAAGGAACCAUGGUCGAACAGGUGGUCGGGGAAAGAGCAAUUGGGGUCAAAAAGGUUGGCGAUGGUUUACUGGAAGCACUGCUUUUCCUUUACUUGGCUUUUCAAUGAUAACAACAUUCAAGGAUCUAUUUGGGACACCACCAUUUCAACUUGAUAAAGAUCCACUAAAACAUAAAAUCAAAGAAGCAUGGUUGUACAGGAAGGAACAUAAGUAUAAUCAAGCAGUAAUAGUCCUGGAAGAGGCAAUGCAAAUGGCCACUGGACGAAACAAUGAAUUGAUUGUUAGUCGGAUUAUUGAUGAAUUAGCCAAUACUUAUUAUGAAAUGGGAAAACUAGAUGAAGCAGAACAAGCUUUUCGUGAUCUUUUGCAGCGAUUGAUGAUUCUACACACAAAGAAAGAUGACGACCCUGAAUUUAUCGACGUGAGCCUCAAAUUAUCCGACAUAUUUGCUCAGAAAGGCAAACUAGAUGAUGCCGAAAUUGGUUACAAACAUUGUGUUGCUAGACAAAUGAAAGUAAUCGAGAGGCAUAUGGCGAAAUAUUCAAUAAACUACGGUGGUUCGCAUGAUAUUCCACAGGUCGUGAACCAGUAUGGAGCUGUAUUUACAGAUCCUCUUGCCCUUUAUGGCCUGUGUCUUGAGCAAUACGCUCACUUCAUUGCUCGAUACAGGGAAGAGAAAAGGAUAGACGAUACUGCACAACUUAUAGAUGAAGCUUUGAAGAUUUCAUAUCAAAUUUACGGCAUCAAUUGUUUCCACACAAUCAAUAUGCUCAAUAAUUAUAGUGCUCUGUUGAUUAACAGGAACAGGUUUGAUCUUGCAAAAAAGUAUUUGGAAAUUGGUAUAGAUAGGAUAUUGUAUAUCGAUGAAUGCAGCAGCCUACUGCCUGGAUACUAUUGUAAUUAUUCAGAAGCACUUUAUCAUUGUGGUCAAAGAGUAGAGGCGCUUCAGUAUGCAAAAAAAGCUGUCAAUUUAUCACAGUCCGAAUCAAAAGAAUUAAAAAAUUAUACGACAAGGUUUCUCCAAGAUAUGGAAAAAGAUUAUAAGCGCCAUCGAUGA